UCGAACGUUGAACACGAUGAGUACAGAGACACAAACCCGUCAAAAGACCACCACCACUGGCAUUCGGAAAAAGCCGUUUGCUGUCCCUCCAGUCAAAGUAGCAUGUCUUUCCUGGCGGUACCGACGAUGGUCAAGCCUGGUGCUGGAUUGACACAACUGGAUCUGGGGCUUGACAAUACGGAUACCUUAUUCGACAGCAUCUUUACAGCGGUACCUCAGACCCUUGGACUGGAAAGUCAUCGACGAAGUGGUUCGGAUAAUUCGCAUCUCUGGUAUCCAAAUGAUAUAGAACCCGUCUUCGAGUCUUUAUCGCCAGCUGCCCUUGCAAUCUCGGCAGUCUUGGCUUUGGUCCCUCAUCCAGAGGAAAACGCUUCUUUCCAAGAAGAAAGCAUCAAAGCCCGCAGGGAAACUGCUCACUUCUUCGCCAAACGAACGUUAGAGAGCAUAGAAAGUGAUUCUGAGAUACCAAACUCUUCGAUUUUUCCGGCACAAGCACUGCUAGACGAACACUCUUGCAUCUCACGGCCAGCUUUUCACCCACAGGUGCCGAUUGAGGCUGAAAGUGUGGUUGCGUUGAGUAUAUUGAGUGUGUAUGAGUAUGCUCAACGUGGAAACAUUACCAAGAUGAGGGAUCGGGCUGGUCAGGCGUUGUUGCGGGCAAUGGAUCUCUCGCUGCAUAAUCAGGGCACAGAGCUUGAUGUCUUUGCCGAGGCGCGGCGUAGGAUCUGGUGGAUGACUGCUUCAAUUGUCAGCUCUGCGGUAGGUGUCAAGAAACAGGCGGAUAUGUCUUGGAUAGUGGCUGACAACUCUCAAAACAGCNCACCGGCAAUACCUCUGUUCGACUCCCGCUUCACUACUAGCUUCCCUCAAGCAACGGACCCAGAGACCAUCCUUCUAGCAACCCAAUUUGUCUCUGCAGUAGGCCGUGCGGUAGACGGUCAAGAAGACUGGACAGACAUCUCCUCCCGCAUGCAAGAUCUGCACAACGCAAUCGAACCACUGAUUAGCCAAUCGGUUAACUGGACAGACACGAAACCGACGACCAACGACCCCGAAGUUCUCGUCGCAUACUCGUUGAAGCAAAUGUCCAAGAUCAAGUUGAACAGUGCAAGGAUAAAACUUCACCGCUACUGCGCCUUUUUCGAUAUUCCAGUGUUUUCAGAAAAACACUGCGAUCUCAAGAAAUCUGGACCUCUGCCGAGCACCGAUCCUUUGGAGCAAAUGUCUCUAACGCCCUCGCCUGGAGGAUCUUGUGGUUGCUCCUCGUCUCUACCGACCCAGAUGCCCAGUCUUACAACGUCAGUCUCACCAGCUUCCUCGUCAAGCACAGCAGAUUACUUUCACCCGUUUCCCUUCAGCAACCACCUGUCGUCACGAUUGUGCUUAAACUCUGCUCUCGCCAUUGCUUCUGCAUUCGAAGCUUUGCCAUUGCCAUCUUCGUCCUCCCCGCUUGCUCCUCGCACGAUGCCGAGUUUUGCUUGUUGUGCGAUGCAGAGUGCCUAUGCGUUGCUGAUGGUAUACCAUCGUACGUGGGUGCUCGCGCAACGGGACCAUGAGCUAGAGGCACAGAGUAAAGCAGGGCAGUUAUUGGGGAGGUGUGAGGAAGGAUUGAGGCGUGUGCUGCAGGCGUUGGACAAUUAUUCUGUUGCAUUUGAGGCGUUGNGGGGUAUGAGAGAUCAGAUCCAGGCUGCGGUUGACUGUCUUAGUUUGGCUGAG